GGGAUUUGGCGUCGUGACGUCAGCACGUCCUCACCUCUCGCGAGCGCAGGAUUCUGGAGCAGCGACAAACUCUCGCUUUAAAUUUUGUUUUAACUAUUUUUUUCUGCAUUAAUUGUUCUUUUUCGAAGCCAAACUAGGCGACGGAAUACUUUGUUUGUGGCUAGUGUCGUUUAAAGAGCGCCUUGUGCUUUUAAAGUUGUCGAUUUGUACUUUUAUCCCGGUGUUUUUCCUCAUGGAUCAGAUGGUGACGCGUCAGAAUAAUUGACACUAAUAAACGCGAUUCAUUAAUUCAUAUUUUCAAAUUACAACAUGUCAGUAAACGUCGGGUUUACGCGUCGAUUUUAAACGCUAAAAUUGUUUUAUUCCUGCGCUUAAAUGAUUAUAAUUUUGAUUACUCUUACUUUAGCUGCUAAUGCUAACUAGCGCAGGCCGCUGUUGGAGUUUAUUUAUAUAUGAGUAUUUUUGUAUUUAUAUGAUGGAUAUGUGUAUUUGAGUGUAUAUGAAUGGUAGUGAGAGUCUGAUGGUCUUUCUGAAGUCUUUGAUUGAUCAGGGAUGUUUUCUCCAUCACUUCAGACUCAGAUCUCUAGUAUCUAGGGAUGUUUCUCACUCAUUAUAAAGGCCUUGUUUAUUUUCUUUAUUUUUUCGCUCACUCUGCGAUCUUUUUAAAAGUGAUUGGUGACUUAUUUCACUCAUGUCGAAAAGUUUGAUGGCUUGACGAACAAUUUGCGCCGUAGUUUAUCUUUUAAAUGUAUUGGCUGUGAUUGACUCGACAUAAUACAGAAGAGGAGAAACAAACCCUGCUGAGAGUCAAGAUGAUGUGCGAGGUGAUGCCCACUAUCAGCGAGGCGGAGGUCGGUGGGAAUGGAGGCGCUCUCGGAUCCGGCUCUCCCGGACAGACGGACUCUGAGGGUCACUUUGAGUCUCUUAUGGUGUCUAUGCUGGAGGAGAGAGAUCGGCUGCUGGACACACUCCGAGAGACGCAGGAGAACCUGUGUGUGACGCAGAGCAAACUCCACGAGAUCAGCCACGACAGAGACUCCCUGCAGAGACAGCUCAACAGUGCACUCCCACAGGAAUUUGCUGCUCUUACAAAGGAAGUGAAUAUGUGUCGCGAGCAGCUUCUGGAGCGAGAGGAGGAGAUCGCCGAGCUCAAGGCAGAGAGAAACAACACACGC